AUGGUCGAUAACUCUCAAUCCUCGCACAAUAAACUAUUUCCUGCCACGUCCAUCGGACGUUCUGCUGGCUCAAACUUAUUAAACCCGAGCUCAGAACAGCAUCGCUCGCUCAGCCGUCAAUCAUCUCGAGAAUCAUUGAAUGUUAUUGCCCAUCCGUUGCUUUCGCCUUCCAGCACAGGCGCGGCUUUGUCUGGUUCAUCCGGCUCAGGCUCUGCAGCUGCAUCCUCCAAUUCUCCCUCUACAACUUGGGAUAAUGGUUAUUCCUCCAGUGCUCUGGGAUAUGUCCCAUAUACCCGCACUCCAAAACACAAACCGUCGCCCGCCUCACCGACACAUCCAACUCCUCAUGUAUCUCAUUCUUCGAGCAACCCAUCACCUUCUGUUAUAGUUACACCUGCCACAACCUCUUCGUCUUCUUCUUCUGCAAAUCAUCUCGAUGCUACAACGAAACUUCAACUGAUGAACUUGAAAGCAGCUGCACAGGCCCUGGGAUUGGACGCAGGAUCUGUUGGAUGGGCCAUGCUCGAGGCAUUAUUAGGAGAACACGGGACGGAAUGGGAUACCAUUUGGGAUGCUCUUAGCACGGGAAAAGCAACGUUGCUUCUUCCAUCAGAGCCUCUCGCUUCAUUGAAGGGGAAAUCAACGAAUGCGCCGUUGAUAUCACCAGAGUUCGUUAAGAAUCAUGCUUUUUAUACGGAAUUCGAAGGAAAGGUACCAGGAAGGGCAGUGAGUCUUUCUGGUUUAAGAGGUGUCAUCAUUCAAAAGCAGGAACAAAUCUUCAUAUCAUUUACUUCUACCCUCCAUCCUUAUACCCAGUCCUUUCGCGACAUAUCAUCUCCUGGGACGCGCGCAAAGGGAUUCGCGAGUCUUAUGUCAUCCACUGCUCAAAUCAUUUCCCAAUCCGACUAUCCUACCUACAUACUCCCGACAGAUACACCAGCCCUUUCUUUACCUCCCCGUGGAUCGUUGUCUCUCCCGCCUCCGCUUCCCCCUCGGAGGAACCUUCAGUCACAUCAAACAGGUUCUGUUCCUAGCAGGCCUUCUACGCCGACGCAUGACGGAAAAAGCUCAACUGGUAGUCAUGCGUCAAGUCGAUUUGCAGGUCUUACUAGCUUAUUCAGUCGCUCAAGCAUUCCGCCAUCGAAUCCUAUACUGAAUGCUCAACCGUCUUCUCCUGCAGGAUCCAGACCUCCGUCUAUCAUCUUGUCUGACACUGCUAGUGUCAAUGAAGAUAUACUAGGGUCUGGAGUGGUAAAGGAUGAAUCUUCCUCGACUUUGCAUGCCUCGACUUCGGUCCCUGCGUAUAUAAUCUCCACCAGUGUAAUCGAUCAGGAAGUUCUGGGAGGGAUAUGGAAAGGGAUCGUAGGCGAUGUAGAGAGAAUUUUACGAUCUGCUUCUUCUGUCGGACCGUCACCCUUAGCCAAUACUUUCCCAUCAAACCUUCAAAGUAUCCUUAUAUCUUUUCUCGAAAGUGCCAAUGCUUUAUCAGUUCUGCGAGUAUCUGCUCCACACCCCCGACCUACGAAUAAAUCAAAGACGAUCACGAAGAGGUUGAUAUCCGGGUCCGGAGCCCUGAAGGAAGGCAACAGAGAAGGAAAAGAGGGAAAAGAAGCAGUCGAAUCGGACUCACUUCAACCGGGCUUAGACUCAACAACGCCAUCAUCUCCUUCUCACCCUCCGUCCUAUUUUGCCCAUGCUCAUGCCGAUUCAGAAUAUUAUGUAUAUGAAAUCAAUCCUUAUGGUGUCAAGGAGGGAUGGGGAUCUGCCGCGGGUGUUAUAAGUGCUACAUCUGUGUCCGCACCUGAUGGAAGUACAGGUGCAGGUGGCGGUAUCAUAGACAUCAAGGAAGCUGAAAUUGGGGCUAUGGAAGCAAUUGAGGAUUUGAGUGCUCGUUGGCAGUCUUUCUAUCGGGAGGUGGAGGAUGUCGUAGUAGAGUGGGCUGAGGCUGAAAUACCGGAAGUCGAGGAUGAAAGCAGUGGAACAGAUGAGAGAAGUGAAAAGGCGGGGGUAUCGGUGCAGAAGGAGCAGAGGACAAAGGAGAUUCUUGACCAAGCGGAAAGAGUUCUAUGUUGCGUUGGUGGGGUCUACGAACGAUUAUUUCCUGCGCCUUCACCUUGUACAGCAUGGACGACGUUGACCAACAUCGAAGCAGCUGCUAGUGAUACGAACGACACAAACCCCUCAAAUACUUCUGAACCAACCGAGAUCAUCACCGAUAGUGCUCACGACGAUGCCCUUGCAUCCCGUAUCGCCGCUCUGGUAAUGGUUGACUUUGGGUUGCGUGAUUUGGACUUGGACAUCGGCGCUGACAUAGGCGACGAGACGAAAUCCAGGAAGGAGGAACAGGUAAUUGCCGUCCUUCGAGCCUGUGGAAACGAGUUGUGUCUCCUAGAGAAGGUGCAUACUCCAAAGGAAAAGGCGGAUGCGAUGGUUAGGGCACAUAGGGUAUUAGUUGAUGGUCUAACCAGAUUACCUUUCAUGAUAUCGUUGAAAGACUCUGAGUCCUCUAAACCAGAAACACAAACCCAACCACAAUCUGACCAUGUUGAGGUGCCAUCGGAGGAAGUGCUGGAGCUGGGAGAGGAGGAUUUAGCGACGGCGGUUCCCUGGAAGAAGGACAAUGCCUUUCCCAAGCCAGAGGAUGACGAUAAUAUUGGCAUCGAGACCUUGAAGGAGAAGGAAGGACUUGCAGCGGAACUGAAGUCUAGCUCGAGUAAAGUUGUCUUGGACACAAUGCUAGAUGUAGGAAACGACAGCAUAGUUGAAGGACAGAAUACAUCGCAAUCGUCUGCCGUAGGGACGAAGACUCCCAAAGCUGAGAAACCUCCAUCCUCAAAAGCUUCAACGUUCUCUCUCGACACGCUCUUCCCCCUUCUCAUUCUAUCCGUCGUUGCUUCAAACCCUCCCCGUCUGAUAUCACACCUACUUUUUACCCAACGCUUUCUAUUCACCCAUACCUUCCAGGCAUUUCCGCAAAACGGCUCAAGCGCUGCCGGAGAGCAAGCAUACUGCCUUGUCAACCUAAUGGCAGUCGCUGAGUUCAUUGGGAACUUGGACUUGGAGGGUGUCAUGUCCGCACGCGACAACCCAGUGCUUAGUUCCGAAGAUGGACCGAUGCCAAUACCGGUCCCCAUGACUCUUCCCAUCAAUAUUGGGGGUAGACCUAGCAGUAGGCGUGCGUCAAUGAGCUCGCAGUAUUCCACGACAUCAAAAGAUGGAAGCACUGCUACUACUCCCGUCUUAUCGUCCUCUUUCACCCUCCGCAACCGUGUGGAGCAACAAGCCUCCGUGUUGUCUUCUUCCGCAAACAAGGUUCUUACCGGCAUGUCCGGGGUCAUGGAUUCAUCCAUUGGAGGAUUCGGGGGGUUGUUCAAGAGCAUGAACGUGAAUUUAUCCCUUCCGGGUUCUCUACCUACCGGGUUCGGAUUUGGCGGAGAGGAAUCAUCUGCCGGCCCGGUGACACCCGCAUUGGGUUCCGCGCAGGCCGCUGCUCCGUGGAAUCAUCAUCAUAUACAAAAUCAGUCUAAUAAUCCAAGGGAGACAAUGGAACGCAAAGAGAGCGGUUUCUCGAUCAAGAGCUUGAAGCUUCCCUCAAUACCCAAUAUGCCCGCGAUACCCAAUAUACCCAAUUUAACACGAAGCAUCACGCCUGGGCCUGGAGACUCCAGGGAGAAAGAAAUGGUCAAUGUGUCAAGGCCGGGAAGUGUACGAAGUAUGCGCAGCACGCGUAGUCGAAAGUCUAAUAUUGGCUCGCUCUUUGGUGAUGAGAGUACAGAGGAAGACGACGAGUCGGAAGAUGUGGGUGAGGAUGAGUAUGAAGAUGAAGAUGAAGAUGAAGAUGAAGAUGAGAAUGACGUGGAUGAGGAAGAAGAUAUGGAUGUGGAUUUACUUCAUCCCCGGCCCGAAGUCGAUGAUAACGAUGAGAGCGAUGUUGGUGAAGCUAGGGCCUCCGCUGAUACACGGAGUAUCAAGAGUUUCGAGAGUAUGAUGAAAGAUGGAAAAAGACGAGCGAAAGUCAAAUCUGCAGACAGAGAUGCUGCUGUUGUUUUAAAGAAGGAGAAACAGGCCGAUAAGAAGUCCACGACCUUGAACACUGUUGCUGGGGCCGCAAGGAAGAGUCUAAGCGAUAGAUUGGCAAGGGUGUCGAGUGGUAUUAGUGGGAGCUCAACCAAAAAGACUCAAACAUCAUCUCCUCCCGCAUCACGAAGAUCAUCACUACUUUUCCCGGACCCAACUGCUGCUUUACCAAAGCCCACUCGACUGGAUAUUCCUCAGUCUCCUGUAGGAGGACAUCUUUCAUUGCCCGGUCCUCAGGUUGCUUCGCCAACCACAUCAAUUCUUCAUAGCUUCCCUCCUCCGAAUAACCGGUUCUUAAAUUGCAAUUCCGUAGAUGAUCUACGUAUCGGAGAGGUGGCUGAGUUAUUGCGAGAAUAUCAGUCGUUGGUACAGGCUGUGAAAAACGCCGGUGGUUUUUCGUUACCCUCCGCCACGGAGUUGACGGGCGAAAACCCUUCUGGUUUUGACAUUUAG